AGGCAGUCAUUGUAGGUAGUCAGAAUGGAGCUUUAGUAGGUACUUCUAAGUUUUAUUUAGACCCAUGUUGCAAGACAUGUGGCAGCAGCAGCAAAGCAGACGGCAACACCGCCGGACGCUGCUCCUCUUGGGACGACCACCAGGGACGAUAGUACCGCAGCGUCAGCACCGGUGGGUUUCUUUCUUCGCUUUCAGUUGCAGUGUACAACUUUCUUUGCGAGCGAGUGCUGGAGCAACGACAAGCAACGAGGAUGCAGAUCCUGGUACAAGAACCAGAACCUCUUCCACGGUGGAACAAAGAAGAAUGGAUGAAAGCAUCAGCAACGCCCAUUCCAAGAGCGACCGGGACUACACCGAAGUUGAACAAUACCUUUAUUUAUCAAUUGCAAAAGUGUCUGGGUCUGGAAGAGUCCGAACUUGUGAUGCUGUCUCUGGAUUCUGAAAAAAAUUGUAUUGCAUGACCAGCAAGAGGGUUCCAGUUUGUGCUACGCGGAAAGGGCAUUUCUCAUGCGGAAGGUGAAUCAGGAAGGCCUCUAAGAGUCUGCGAUGCUAGGUCAUGCAUUGCAGGCAUCAUGGGUCAUGAGAAAUAUGCAUGACAGAUCUCGCAUUCUUCCAGACCCAGACAUUUUUGCAUUUGAUAUUAUUUCUCCGAUGAACAAGCGGGCAUCGAUGCCGAGGGCCAGGUGCAGAACGAGAUUUCUGCGACGAGCAGACACGAUAAGCUACUACACCGGCGGAACAAAAAGGGAAAAAACGGCAAGAACGUAAACGACUUGAUGUCCACUUCUUCUUCUUCUUUUUCAAACCCGGCCACGUUUUUACAGGAGCCGCAGCAAGAACUACCUCUAGUACCCGGUACUACUUCUACCGGUAGUAGCAGUACAAGAAGAAGUCGAAAUGAUGAUCAAGAUCAUGAUGCAAGAAGUACAGCGUCUCGACAGCUACGCCUGCUCCCUGUCGAAGGAAAAAAUCACCGAAAACCGCCACAGCAGCUUCGUCAGGACCACCACGAGGAAAGCAGAAGAGCCGACAGUUACUUCCUGCAAAAAAAAUCGUCUGAAAGAAAAGCCAACAAUGUGGUCGAGAUCGGCCCGCCCUACCCGCCGAACGCGAUGCUGAGCCGGUGCCACGACGUUAUCAAAAGGAAAAAUCCCCCGUCCCCUUAUCAAAACGAAGGUUCUGAUGCAGGAUUUGCGUACACAAAUCAGAUCUGUCUUGCUGGAGAGAAAUGCAGGCCCAUACUAAGCCUAAGUAGAGAGGUUUUGGCCUAGGCGUCUAGCAUGAGGAACGUCCGUGCUGUAGGCCCAUCAGCAUCACAAACCGCCUGCACAAUGCUGCGGCGCUUGUGGAGGUGCCUUCUUGCAAGACGGACGCGAUUUGUGGUCUCAAAUCAGCAACACAAAUUUUCGGAAACAUACCUUUUCGAUAUGGGGAGGGGGGGUUUUUCCUGUUAAUAGACGUUCUCGCCUGUUUAGAUGGCUUGGAAUACUUCCCGGACCGUGGGCAAGGUACGGUAGAACUUUACUAUGCACUGUGGUAGUACAGCUGGUUAGUCUUCGUUUACGUGUAUGUUGACUACGUGAAAGGAAGGUGUGUCUAUAAUUUUCGUAUCAUGCAGAGCCAGAACUGUACAACCUAGUUGCAGUCGAGAAAGCUGACUUUUAUUGCAAAAGAUACAUCAGUCAUCUGUACGACCGGCAUCACCAGUUGUGAGCUGCACUAGAUCAAUUUGGAUAAAAUCAAAAAAAACAUCACUCACAGGCGGAAGCACUAUGCAUUGCAAAAGGAAAAGCAUCAUACUCGUAUAAAUGCAUUACAACUUUCCUCAGCAUGAGAAAUAAAAUUUGUAAUGCGGAUUUACCUUAAGAGCAAGAUUUGUAAUGCAAGACUUGCAUUUAUACGAGUACGAUACUUUUGCAAUGCAUAAGUACUAUUCACCAGCAGCCUUUCGCCACGAAGCGGCUGACGCGCGAAGAUAUUCGUGCUAAAUUCCAAGACUAUCCUAAGCAAAAACGUCCCCACCCCAUAGUCAAGUUGGGAAUCUAGCAACACAAGUCGCCAAGUUUUGGGAGCUGUGCAUGACAAGUUUCCCUCUGCAGUGUGGUGCUGGUUGGCAAAGGAAGCCGCAUUAGAAAGCCAUUUUCUCAUCCUAUGCACAGCAUUACAAAUUCCAAAACGCGAUUGCAAAAGCCUCUCAUGGAGCUGCGCAUAACAAAUGCUGCUGUCAUUGCGCAGUUGCAUGACAACUCUGGGGCGGGGACGUUUUUACUCAGGAUAAAGACAAAGCGCUGCUCAUCGUGCAAACCUGCGUCGUAUCAAAUGCAAAUAUGUCUGGGUCUGGAAGGAUGCAAGGUUUGCCAUGCUUGUCUGGCAUGACCGUCAACUCUGUGAUGCUUAGGCGCGAAAAGUAGAUCCUCUUGCCUGUCAUGCAAAAAUGGAGCCUGCCAUGCGGAAUACGCAACACAGAUGAGCUCAAAAACUUGUCAUGCUUGGCCACCUAUUUUUGCAGUGAGCUCAUCAUUCACAGAGUUGCAUCACAAGUUUCCAGACCCAGACAUAUUUGCAUUUGAUACGUCGGGCUGGAAGAAACGGGGGCGCACUUGCGGUUUCUGGAGGAACAUUUUCGCACACGGUACCAGAGCAACCGGCUCGCGAUGUAUCCUGUGUAAAUAAAGCGUCCCCACCACAGAAUUGUCAUGCAAAUCUGCAAGCCUAAGCCGUAAUAUUCAUGCGCGGCAACAGCAUGAGGAGCGUGUCCUAGUUCUAAAAUACUAUAAUUUCGGGAUUUGUAAUGCUGGACUCAGGGUAUUAAGGAAGCCGAUGCUUGUCAUGCGGUUGCACCUGGUAGAGGCAUGCUAGUACACAACUACGAGCUCAACAAACUUGUCAUGCGCAACAGCCAAUCGGCGAGCUGCUUUCUGUACCGCAAAGGUGUAGCCAUCUCGAGGACCUUGCGGUGAAGACGCCGUCUUUACUCAGGAUACAAUAUUGGUUUUCCCAACGGACGGUACCGACGAGUAUUCCGCCUGCGUUCCGCACCCGGCGGGCGCGGCGGCGAGACAAAUUGCCGCGGGCAAAUCCUUAUGGAUUGCAAAAGUAUCGUACUCGUAUAAAUGCAUUACAAAUUUUUUCAGCAUGAGAAAUAAAAUAUGUAAUGCAGAUUUGCCUUAAGACAAAGAUUUGUAUAUGCAAGACUUGCAUUUAUACGAAUACGAUACAGUUGCACAGGAUAAUCCUACGCUGAACUCGAGCACUUGAGCGUGAAAGUGUUCGACGCCGCCGGCCAGGACGCCGGGCUGCAAAUUGCGCUGCAUGCGGGACUAUGCAUUGCAAAUGUGUCUGGGUCUGGAACAAGAAGGGAACUUGUGAUGCUAACUUUGGACUCUAUAAAAAAUCUGUAUUGCGUGACCAGCGAAAGAGUAGUCCAGUUUGUGCUACGCGGGGAGGGCAUUUGUCAUGCGGAAUAGGCAUCUGGAUCUGGAAACUCUCUAAAAAUCUGUGAUGUUAGGUCAUGCAUUGCAGACAUCCUGGGUCAUGCCAAAUAGGCAUGACAAAUCUACUCGCAAUCUCCCAGACCCAGACAUAUUUGCACCUGAUAGGGACCGCACCAGCUCCCGCCCACCUCUGCCGUCGUUACCGUGUUCGCGCUACUAGAAGGAAUAACUGCCCCUCCCCAUAUCGAAAAAGAAUUUUGUGAUGCUGUAUUUGAGUUUCACAAGUCGAUUUGUAUUGCUAGAAGGGCAAGAGCCGCAGCUGUGGCCUCGUUUGCAGGCAAUUUGUCAUGCUGUUUCCCACUUCCAGCUGCCUCUCGCUAUGCUGAAGAUGCAAGGCAUUCCCACGCCCCCAGCACUACAAUCCGCAUCUUUUUCCUUCAAGCAUAACAAAGCUGAUACGUGACCACAAAUGUGCAUUACAGAUUUCCGUUUUGAUAUGGGGAGGGGGAAUUUUUCUUCUUGAUACGCGCCAGCGUCCUCGCGUUUCACCGAUGUGCAUGUGGCCAGCCACAUGGCAGAUGCAUGGUUGGCGAAUGACGCCGAAGCCGCCUGCCCCGUAAUGUCUCCUACGUGGGCCUGCAUAUUAACCCAUCCGGAUAAGGUACCAGCUUCAUUUCUGUGACGUAAGGGCCUUACAGAGUUUGUGUUUUACUUACUUUCAUGUAUCUCUCGACAGACUCAGACAUAAUAAAAGCAUCGAAGACCCAGACUCACCUCCCCGUCGGCUUCAAUGGAUAAAAAAAAAACAAAUUCAAAUGAAACCAUACUGUACAAAAGGUCUACCAACAAGCGUUCACGGAAAAAGACCUGGCGCGCCUCGCCUCAGAACGGUUCUGGAGCCACGUAAAAUCCGACAAGGCGCACUUUAUCCUGAAGGGCCAGGGAGCAGUGCAGCCGGCGAACCAGGAGGCCACCGCUUUGCCCUACCCCUUUGUAAAAUUUCUUGUAGACGUGCACGGUUUUGUCCGCGGUCGCUACGGUGGGCGGGAAUGGCACGAGGCGCAGGGGUAUGUAGUAUGAAUUGCAAAAGCAUUGUACUGUAUCCAAUGCAAAAGUGUCUGGGUCUGGAAGAAUACGCGAUUUGUCAUGCAACUUUUCCAUGACCCAUGAGGUCUGGAAUGCAGGACCUAGCAUGACAGAUUCUGUGCGAUCUCUCUCAUGCCUAUUCUGCAUGAGAAACCCCCUCCCGACUUGGUCAAAACUGGACGACUUUUGGUAAUUAUGCAACACAGAUUUUUGCAUGCUUCAGAUUUAGCAUGCGAAGUUGCAUUCUUCCAGACCCAGACAUUUUUACAUUUGAUAUACUGUACAACUAGCAUAAAUUGCAAAACGAAUUUUCUCAGCAUGAGGAAUGAAAUUUGCAAUGCGGAUUUCGUUUGAGAAAGAGAUUUGCAAUGCAUGACUGCGAUUAGCACGAGCAGUGCGAUGCUUUUGCAAUGCAUAUGUCGCAAGCUCCUACAAAUGGUCCAUGAGCUCCUACAAUGACGAUGAUCAGGAUAUGGGAUUCUCAAUUGUUACAUUCCCAACCGUUACAUGAAUUUGUGAUGCAAGAAUGGCAACAGGGAAAGGCCGGAUCUUGCAGCUCUUGCAUUACAAAUUCGGCACAGAGUACCAUGCUGCUUAGCCCUUCCAAAAUUGUCAUGCGAAGUAGCUCUACCGUGUAUACGUUGAUGCUCAUUGUGCAUGACAAAUCAUCUAACAGUUGAGAAUGUAACAUGUGAGAACGCCAUACAGGAACUGCAGGACGCCGUCAAGCAGGUGGUAGACGCAGAGACCAGCAAGGCCCAUGUGGUAUAUGGGCCUUGGGCCAGUGCCAGCAGCGCGCGGACCUCCAAGGCGCAGGGUUUGUACGAUCUACUGAAAACUCUCGAGCCCCUUCCGGCCCCGGAGCAGGCCAGCGACUCUGAAGAUGAGGAGUACAACCAGCAUCCGCCGGGACAGGAGCCCUGGGACGGUACUUGCUUCAGUAACCGGGUGCUGCUCGUGCUCACCUUGCCCAUGAGUUGCGUGCUGCCGCAGCCCACGGAGCAGCUGCUGAUUCGUCUACACACGCAGUUUUGGAACAAGCCCGUGACUUUUUUACUGUUUCCAACCCCAACCUUCCCCGGGAGCGGCGCAGUGGAACCACGAGGGCCGCAGCAACACACGACGCAACACCAGUCCGGAGCUUUCGACGCCUGCUACAGUCUACUGUCCGAUCUGGAGCAGCUAUCCAAGAAAAAAACGUUGUUAGUGUAAAUUUGUGAUGCGAGCGCAACAUGCAAGUCGAUUGCGUCUUUCAUGCUUGGCAUGCAUCGUGGGGUCCAUUAAAGGGCGUGUUCGCUUACUAUCUGCGCAUGGCAGGUUUUUGCUGUCAUGCAAGAGAUAUUUGAUGUCAUGCUGAUCCUCCAAAAAAGUAUACACCUACAAUGUUUUUUUCUUGGAAAGCAGCGACUCGACGAACAUCACGACGCGUCCUUGGACAGUCAUUAUGCAUCUUGUAAAAGUUUCCUCGUACUGGCAUCGAUUGUAUUUACAAAUAGAAGGCCUCGUUCUUCCAAUUUGUACCAGAAAAAACUGCAAUUUGUACCAUAUGACUGAGUUCGUCCCAUUGGCCAUAGAUCUGUCAUGUGCAUCACUGAAAGUAAGUACGAAAACCUACGAUGGUGCUUUUGUAUUUGAUAGUCUUGACGGGAGAACUACAGCAAUGACCUCUUCGUCUCGCCGCGACAGCGGUGGCUCGCAGAUUACCCCGUUGAGUCUGUGCCAGCCCCGGAAACCCUGCGCCAAGGUGUUAUGAACUGCAAAAGUAUCGUACUCGUAUAAAUGCAUUACAAAUUUCCUCAGCAUGAGAAAAAAUUUGUAAUGCGGAUUUACCUUAAGAAAAAGAUUUGUAAUGCAUGACUGCAACACGAGUGCGAUACUUUUGCACAAGAUAGGUGUUCCCCGCGGUCCAUGUGAACCGGAAGAGUUUUCACCCAACGAUAUCCUAGGUAAAAACGUGCCCACCCCAUAGUUGUCAUGCAAUUCUGCAUGCCAAAAAAGUUUCUCAUGCGGAGCCCUAUGAGAAGCAUUUUCUAUUCGUGCUUUGGAAUUUGUGAUGCUAGAAUCAGCAUGCUAUGCUAGAUCUGUGAUGCGUCUGAACCAACUAAGCAGGACUACACUACGAGGACAAACUUGUCAUGCCAGACAACCAAGGCUGGCUGAUUUGUCUAGCAGAUUUCCCAUCUUGACUAUGGUGUAGACACGUUUUUACUCAAGAUAAACGACCGGCGCGGAGUUACCCAACGCCGACGUGGCGCCCUUAUUCGAGUUUCUGAAAGGCGAGGCGCCGGAGUUCGGGCACGUGUCUACGAGGAGCAAAGGUGAAAAUGGAGAGGCGACAAGUAGUACUAUCUAAUCGGAACAAAUAUGUCGUCACUGUGUUUAGAGGUCCUGUCGAAAGAUUUUUAUGCAGCACAUUUUUGUAAUGAUUGCUCAAAAGUUUAUCUUUAGUCGCAUCGAUUUUGACGGAGUUGUGAUCUUGUCUCCAUGUGGUGCGGCUGUAAAAGCGCAUGACAAGUUCAAUAUUUGAUGGCUCCUUCAUCUCGGCACCACAGAAGCGCGCAAAAAUUUGUCAUGCUUGGCUGCUUAAUUUCUAAUUUUAUACACUUACUUUCUUUGCUACUCGUCUUGUCUACUAGCAUGACAAAUUCCCAGUGACGGAGAUCGAUGUUUGCCCUGCAUAGGGGGUGAUGAAAUAUGAAAUGCAAAAGCAUCGUACUAGUAUAAAUCGCAUGACAAAUUUCCUCAGCAUGGGAAAAAAAAUUUGUAAUGCGGAUUUUACCUGAGAAAGAAAUUUGUGAUGCAUGAAUGCGAUUAGUACGAGUGCGAUAGUUUUGCACAGGAUAUGAAAAAGCGUGGUACGAAGCGGUGUCGGAAAACGUGUCGUGGCUAUAUGCAUUGCAAAAGUAACGUACUAGUAUAAAUUGCAUUACAAAUUUUCUCAAGAAGAAAAGUGGAAUUUGUAAUGCUGUUUUACCUUUGGACGAAGAUUUGUCAUGCGUAUUUGCAAUUAGUACGAGUACGAUACUUUUGCACAGCAUAGGCUAAUGGUAUCCACAACUGCAAUGACCAUGUCUAGGUCUGGAACAAACGUUCUAGAAACCUGUGAUGCGCAUUUCGGAUCAGACAAAAACCUGUCAUGCAUGGACAGGAAAUAAAGUAGCCCUGUGGUAUUCAUCGUGAUCAGGUACAACUUAUUGAGCCAAUAGUACCACAACGCCGUCGAACCUGUGAUCAUGCUAUAAUUGCUUCUAUCUGCAAGAGCUACUACUGGGUCACUUCAUGGAAAAAGAGCAUGACAAGAAAAAUAUCCCGAACAAACCAGACAGGCUUGCGAAAAUGCAUACAUGGGCACGACGACGACGCCGGAACAAUCUGGCUACACGGUGGUGGAGGACCCGGCCAUUGAGUAAAAUAGCUUUUGACGUAGUAGAAAAUUAUGAGAAUGUUGUAAGACAUUAACAAGUGUAUGUUGCAUGACCGACUCGUUUUGUUUCCCACGUCAAAAAACAGAGCAUUACUUUUUCGCGGAUUCUACAAGAAGGUCAUCGACGCCAACACAAUAAAAUACAACAGCUUGAAGUCGAACUUUGUCGAGUUUCUGAUCGACCGACGGGGAUUUCUAUGGCGUUCUCAAACGUUACACUCUCAACUGUUACAUGAACUUGUAAUGCAAGAACGGCAAAAGUGAAACGGCGAAGUUUGCGCCUUUUGCAUUACAAGUUCCGCACAGAUUUAGGUGCUGUCUAGCCCCUCGCAGAUUUGUCAUGCGAAGCAGCUUGACCAUCUGGCGGCUUAAGGUAGUUUUGCAUGACAAAUCCAUGUAACAAAGGCGGCUUAAGGUUGUUGUCUCUCGGUAGAAAUCACGCUGUUCAAAAAUUUCUGUUUUGGAGUUUACCGGGUACGCGGUUAAGAGUUUGUCGACGUAAUUUACAAAGGGACGCCCUGCCCUUAGUUUCCCAACAUGACAAAUCCAUGUAACAGUUGAGAAUGUAACGUUUGAGAAUCCCAUAAUUUCCUUGUGGACGGUAUGGAACCGGGGUUGCAGAUGAACUGUAUGCGAGGUAUGCAUUGCAAAUUCGUCAUCUCCUGGUGCAUCUGGAAGAUGAGUGCGAGGUUAUUGGUCAUGCAUCUCGUGGAUGAUCACAAAGCUGGUCUUCUGGAAUGCUGCACGACCCAGAAGCAUCACAAAUUUAAUUUGUUUGCAAGAGUUUCUUAAACCAUGCCGAUUUCGCAUAACGGGAUCUUUUGCGAGGCAAGAAAUGGACAGUAACUUUUAUUGCCGUUCAUCUUGUUCGUGCAGCACAAAGACUUUCGCGAUUCAAAUUUAGCAUGACAAACUUCGAAGCUUCCAAAGAGCCCAGAUCUCGAUAUUUGCAGUGGAUACGAGGGUCCUUGCUGCGGACAUGACUCACCUGGUGGACCCGCAGACCAGUUGUGGAAUGGUGUGACGUUAUGGAGAAACAGGUUCAUUUUGGUCCACGAAAAACUAAAAAAAGUUUUGUCCAACCCUGAGAAACUCGACUACGUUUCUACGAUUUUUACCCUAAAAACAUUUUUAGCUACUGUAUUAGUGUUUCUUCUAUUGCCAUGACAAAAUGAAAUUGUAUCAAUGAGCCACCUGCUGUCGUGCGGCCCACGAGGCAGCUACUACGCACUGCGAGAACGACACCUUUUUUUAUUUUUUCACUGUCAAACGUAUUUCUAUUUUCGCAAAUAAACCAGAGCAGCUCGCUGCUGGUGCCCCCCUUGUGUAGGGCCAUCAAAGCUUCGGUGGCAAAGCACCACAUGAAGAGUUUUACAGUUUCCGAUAUGUUUACAUUGUAUACGGCAAUCGACAAGAAAGAUGUUUCAUCCGAUAUGUUUCAGUUUCUUCCAGAAGACCAGCGACAAGAAUUAGAAUCGUGCCAUAAUAGAAGCCGAAAUUAAAUUGUUUCUCUGUAUUAAGGUGCAGGCGUGAGAGUCGAGAAAUAAAGUCGGGGGGGAAAUUGAAAUACGAAUGCAAUAUGUAUAAAAUGAAGAUGUGAGAUUUUUUUGAUUGUAUGAUACAAUUGUAGUAGAACUGUACUUACAUUUUGAACUUGACAACCAAAGUGAAGUAAAACCAGUUUCUUG